AUGGUUAAUAUAACUUAUUUUGCAACCUACACCCUAAUGGAACCAAAAAACUCUAAAUCAUAUAGAUAUAUAUAUAUAUAGUUUAAAUGCUUUUUUUUCCCUGUUUUUAUAUUGUUUGACAUUUGGCUCAGUGUGGUCAUUGUAUUGGAGAGAUCCCUUCAUGAACCAAUGUACAUUUUUCUGUGCAAUCUGUGUUUAAAUGACAGACAUGUGGCUAUAUGUAGACAUGUGGCUAUAUGUAGACCUUUAGACUAUCACUCAAAGCUGAAAAAAAUUUCAUGUGGCAUUUUUCUUGGCUUAUGUUGGAUUGUACCAGUUCUUACUAUGUUCUUUGCCAUUCUCUUGUCAAAUAGGUUGUCAGUAUGUAAAUAUCAUAUUGAUAAAUUGUAUUGUGACAACAUGUCCAUGUUAAAGCUCUCAUGUGAAUCAACUUUUUUUAUUGCAUUAUAUUUAGGCCUUGUGAUUGUAAUUUUUGUGUCCUAUAUAAAACUUAUAAUUGCAUGUAAAGCAUCAUUAGAGUGCAGAAGGAAAUUUUGGCAGACCUGUGUGCCUCAUAUAAUUUCUUUGAUAAAUUUCACUGUUGCAGGAGUUUUUGAUGCCUUGUACAAAAGAUAUGGAUUGAAUGGCAUCCAAGUGAACCUGCAGAAUUUUUUGGCUUUAGAGAUGAUUAUAGUGCCACCUCUUUUCAAUCCUGUAAUUUAUGGCUUAAAAGUCAAAGAGGUUCGCAAAAUAAUAGCCAAUACAAACAUGCAUAUCUCAAAUCAUAAAUCUACAGUAUGUCAUAACUACAGGCUGUUUUCUAAAAGCAUUGUAACUUAA